UAUUCCUCCAUUAGUUUACUCAACAGAUGCGUAUUGAGCACCUACUGUGUGCUAAAGGACCGAGAUGAGCUAAAGCAAGUGAGGGUGCAGACAGUACACACAAAUGAAGACGCAAAGUACAUCUGGAUACAGCUGUGGACAAGCUGAGGGCUUCUCUUACGGUAUCUCACUGAAUCCUCACGAUAAUCCCAUUGCACAGACAAGACUCGAGAUGCGACCUGAGCAGGGAGAGGUCCCCAGGCCUCCUGAGCCUCAGCCGGGUUUCCCAUUGUAGUCCUGGAAUUAGAGCAUUGACUUCUGUUUGCGACCAGCGGGCUGUCCCAAGGGGAGAGGCAGUCGUGUCCAGACCCCAGGCUGGGCCAGCAGUCUCUGCCAGCCUUCCUCUGCCCAUUCGGUUCCUUGCAUGAUGACUGCUGACCAACCCCCAGCCCUGAAAUUGCACACCAGUUCCUCUCUGUCACCCCAUUGGCCCUUGCCCAAGACCUGAAACAUUUUCACAGUGCCAGAAAACAAGGUCUCUUCAGCGUCUGUGUCCAUAAUCUGAGUCCUAGGUCUGGGAGGAGCCCAGGAAGCAGGCAGAGGGGAUCCUUGAUAGAGAAAAGGGAGAUGGAAGAUGAAGAAAUAAAGCACAGGGCAGGGUCUGGGGAACCACAAGGAUGUGAAUUGGGAUAGGAGCCCGAACUAGCAUGGUCAAGGAGGGCUUCAUGGAGGAGGUGCUACUUUCUGAGCUACUCUAUCAAUUUGGACUUUAGCCAAUAGGAAAGUGGCAUAUGAAUGUCAUGGUCAAGGUCUUGCUUUAGGCAGUCAGCUCUGGCCAGCAAGUUGGAAGGACAGGUGGCUAGAAGUUAAGAAGACUAGAGGCCUCGGCCAGGGGCAAGGGGCAGAGCCUGGGCCCUGUGGGGAUGCACAGGAGUCGCCACCACUCUGCCAUCACUUAUGUGACUGAGCCCCAUCUCCUGUGGUUGCCCGCCUUGUGGGAGUAAGCGGGGGGGAGGGGUGGAGGGAGGGAGGGAACUUGGAACAGGUCCCAUCUCUGGCAGGGAAGUUGGGCUGAAUGGAUGAGGUGCCACUCUCCAUGCCAGGAACUAGGGAAGGAAGAUGAUGAGCCCAGAGUGGGACUGGCAGGAUUUGAGGAGCCCUCUUCCUCUAGGGAGCAGCCUGGGCUCCCUUCCUCACGGCAGUAUCUGGAGCCCCACAAAGAAAGCUGGUGCCUCUCCAUCUCCCCCUGCAGGGAACAUCAUCGGCUCCGGCAUCUUCAUCUCCCCCAAGGGGGUCCUGGAGCACUCAGGUUCCGUGGGACUGGCCCUCUUCGUCUGGGUCCUGGGCGGGGGCAUCACUGCCCUGGGCUCCCUCUGCUACGCGGAGCUGGGAGUCGCCAUCCCCAAGUCUGGCGGGGACUAUGCCUAUGUCACCGAGAUCUUCGGGAGCCUAGCUGGAUUCUUGCUGCUCUGGAGCGCCGUCCUCAUCAUGUACCCCACCAGCCUGGCCGUCAUCUCCAUGACCUUCUCCAACUACGUACUGCAGCCCGUGUUCCCCAACUGCAUCCCCCCGGCCACAGCCUCACGCGUGCUCUCCAUGGCCUGCUUGCUGCUCCUGACGUGGGUGAACAGCUCCAGCGUGCGCUGGGCCACGCGCAUCCAGGAUGUCUUCACUGGCGGGAAGCUGCUAGCCCUGUCACUCAUCAUUGGCAUGGGCUUUGUCCAGAUCUUCCAAGGACACUUCGAGGAGCUUCGGCCCAGCAAUGCCUUCGACUUCUGGAUGACGCCCUCCGUGGGUCACCUGGCCCUGGCCUUCCUCCAGGGUUCCUUUGCCUUCAGUGGCUGGAACUUCCUCAACUAUGUCACUGAGGAGCUGGUUGACCCUCGAAAGAACCUACCUCGCGCCAUCUUCAUCUCCAUCCCACUGGUGACUUUUGUGUACACCUUCACCAACAUCGCCUACUUCACUGCCAUGUCCCCGCAGGAGCUGCUGGCCUCUAACGCGGUGGCCGUGACCUUUGGAGAGAAGCUGCUGGGCUACUUUUCUUGGGUCAUGCCCGUCUCCGUGGCGCUAUCCACUUUCGGAGGGAUCAAUGGCUACCUGUUCACCUCCUCCAGGCUGUGCUUCUCCGGAGCCCGAGAAGGGCACCUGCCCAGCCUGUUGGCCAUGAUCCAUGUCAGACGCUGCACUCCUAUCCCUGCCCUCCUUGUCUGUUGCGGGGCCACGGCGGUCAUCAUGCUUGUGGGAGACACGUACACACUCAUCAACUACGUGUCCUUCAUCAACUACCUCUGCUAUGGCAUCACCAUCCUGGGCCUGCUCGUGCUGCGCUGGAGGCGGCCGGCACUCCACAGGCCCAUCAAGGUGAACCUCCUCGUCCCCGCCACAUACUUGGUCUUCUGGGCGUUCUUGCUCGUCUUCAGCUUCAUCUCGGAGCCCAUGGUGUGUGGGGUUGGUGUCAUCAUCAUUCUCACCGGGGUGCCCAUCUUCUUCCUGGGAGUGUUCUGGAGAAGCAAACCAAAGUGUGUGCACAGACUCACCGAGUCAAUGACACGCUGGGGCCAGGAGCUGUGUUUCGUGGUCUACCCCCAGGAUGCCCCCGAGGAGGAGGAAAAUGGCCCCUGCCAGCCCUCCCCACUGCCCGCCACAGACAAGCCCUUGAAGACACAAUGAGACAUUCGUGGAGCCUGAAGCAGCUAUUUCUGUUUACAUGUUGUUUAUUGAGGAGGUGUUUUGCAAAAAAAAAAAAAAAAGUCGGUUGUUUUUUUUCUUGGAAAAAGAGAUCCCAUUCUUAGAGGCCUGUGAUAAGGACGCCCUAAGAUGUGGACUGGGUUCCCUGCCAGCACUGCCCUUCCAGCUUUUCCUGAAAAGAUCUAUGAGUAAAACAGGGCUUGCGGUGCACUUGUCUCAGGUGAGACCCAGGGGGCAUAACUUGGGGGCACCCGUGGAGCUAGUGGGGGAAGGUGCCCGAUAGCCUCUGGAGAACGCCCUUGGCACUGAGGAUUCUGCCGCUUGAGCUAGGCACUCCCGCUCUGGGGCUGGCACGUUGGGUCCAGAGCCACUCCUACCCCAAAGGGACAUUGAAGAUAGAGAAGUGGUUGGUGUGCCCCUCCCCAGGCAUAGGAAUGCCAGCCCAAGGCUCAGCUCCCCACCAAACCCCCAACCCCAGAAAGUCCAGAGAUUCCCUCCAGAACUGUCUUUCUUCCCAAAAAUCCCCAUAAAAUGUCAGGACUUCAGAGCCCACAGCCCCUAGUUUACAGAUAGGGAAACUGAGGCUCUGAGACAGGAUAGGAUGGAUUUGGCCACUGUCAGUUUGUGCCUGGGCCUCUGUCCCCUGAGAAAGCACUGAGCAGAUUCUCCCAGGGUCUCAGGGCCUGCAAGAGGCCCAUGGGCUUCCUCUACCUUGUGCCCACAAUCUCAGCCCGUCCUAGUGCCCAGGAUAUUGACCCCCUCAGCUAAAAGGCAAAGAGCAAAUGUCAUCAGCCUGGCCAGGGCCAUGCUGACACCACAGGCAUAAGGAUGAGGGCAGAAGCCUCCUAGCCCAGUUCCUCUGGGGCCUGCUGGGAAGAUGGAGGAGAGCUCAGUGUAGACAGAGAGCUGGCCAUGGACUAGGUCCAACGUGCCCACGGCCCUGCUCAGUCCGGGCACAGCUCUGGCACCCGUCAGGGUGAGCGAAGUGAGAAGCCACAGACAACACCCCCAGAGAGCCCUGCCCUGGCCCUCCUGUUUCUCUGGAAAUGGGUUCCCAGAAUGGAGAGGGGGAGAUUGAGGUGAGACCUUCGGUGCCUGUGUGGAUAUCAGGGCCCCGCAGA